CCUCCCUGGACACCCAGGCGACAAUGGCAGAACUGCCCACAACAGAGACACCUGGGGACGCCACUUUGUGCAGUGGGCGCUUCACCAUCAGCACACUGCUGAGCAGUGAUGAGCCCUCUCCACCAGCUGCCUAUGACAGCAGCCACCCCAGCCACCUGACCCACGGCAGCACCUUCUGCAUGCGUACCUUUGGCUACAACACGAUCGAUGUGGUGCCAGCAUACGAGCACUAUGCCAACAGCACCCAGCCUGGUGAGCCCCGGAAGGUCCGGCCCACACUGGCUGACCUGCACUCUUUCCUCAAGCAGGAAGGCAGACACCUGCAUGCCCUGGCCUUUGACAGCCGGCCCAGCCACGAGAUGACUGAUGGGCUGGUGGAGGACGAGGCAGGCACCAGCAGCGAGAAGAACCCUGAGGAGCCUGUGCGCUUCGGCUGGGUCAAGGGGGUGAUGAUUCGUUGCAUGCUCAACAUUUGGGGCGUGAUCCUCUACCUGCGGCUGCCCUGGAUUACGGCCCAGGCAGGCAUCGUCCUGACCUGGAUCAUCAUCCUGCUGUCGGUCACGGUGACCUCCAUCACAGGCCUCUCCAUCUCGGCUAUCUCCACCAAUGGCAAGGUCAAGUCAGGUGGCACCUACUUCCUCAUCUCCCGGAGUCUGGGCCCAGAGCUUGGGGGCUCCAUCGGCCUCAUUUUUGCUUUCGCCAAUGCCGUGGGUGUGGCCAUGCACACUGUGGGCUUUGCAGAGACUGUGCGGGACCUGCUCCAGGAGUAUGGGGCACCCAUUGUGGACCCCAUUAACGACAUCCGCAUCAUCGGCGUGGUCUCGGUCACUGUGCUGCUAGCCAUCUCCCUGGCCGGCAUGGAGUGGGAGUCCAAGGCCCAGGUGCUGUUCUUCCUUGUCAUCAUGGUCUCCUUUGCCAACUAUUUAGUGGGGACGCUGAUCCCCCCAUCUGAGGACAAGGCCUCCAAAGGCUUCUUCAGCUACCGGGCGGACAUUUUUGUCCAAAACUUGGUGCCUGACUGGCGGGGUCCAGAUGGCACCUUCUUCGGAAUGUUCUCCAUCUUCUUCCCCUCGGCCACAGGCAUCCUGGCAGGGGCCAACAUAUCCGGUGACCUCAAGGACCCUGCUGUAGCCAUCCCCAAGGGCACCCUCAUGGCCAUUUUCUGGACGACCAUUUCCUACCUGGCCAUCUCAGCCACGAUUGGCUCCUGCGUGGUGCGUGAUGCUUCUGGGGUCCUGAAUGACACGGUGAGCCCCGGCUGGGGUGCCUGCGAGGGGCUGGCCUGCAACUAUGGCUGGAACUUCACCGAGUGCACCCAGCAGCACAGCUGCCGCUACGGCCUCAUCAACUAUUACCAGACCAUGAGCAUGGUGUCAGGCUUUGCGCCCCUGAUCACGGCUGGCAUCUUCGGGGCCACCCUCUCCUCCGCCCUGGCGUGCCUUGUCUCUGCUGCCAAAGUCUUCCAGUGCCUUUGUGAGGACCAGCUGUACCCACUGAUCGGCUUCUUCGGCAAAGGCUACGGCAAGAACAAGGAGCCCGUGCGUGGCUACCUGCUGGCCUACGCCAUCGCCGUGGCCUUCAUCAUCAUCGCUGAGCUCAACACCAUAGCCCCCAUCAUUUCCAACUUCUUCCUCUGCUCCUAUGCCCUCAUCAACUUCAGCUGCUUCCACGCCUCCAUCACCAACUCGCCUGGGUGGAGACCUUCAUUCCAAUACUACAACAAGUGGGCGGCACUGUUUGGGGCUGUCAUCUCCGUGGUCAUCAUGUUCCUCCUCACCUGGUGGGCGGCCCUCAUCGCCAUCGGCGUGGUGCUCUUCCUCCUGCUCUAUGUGAUCUACAAGAAGCCAGAGGUAAAUUGGGGCUCCUCGGUACAGGCUGGCUCCUACAACCUGGCCCUCAGCUAUUCGGUGGGCCUCAAUGAGGUGGAAGACCACAUCAAGAACUACCGCCCCCAGUGCCUGGUGCUCACGGGGCCCCCCAACUUCCGCCCGGCCCUGGUGGACUUUGUGGGCACCUUCACCCGGAACCUCAGCCUGAUGAUCUGUGGCCACGUGCUCAUCGGACCCCACAAGCAGAGGAUGCCUGAGCUCCAGCUCAUCGCUGAUGGGCACACCAAGUGGCUGAACAAGAGGAAGAUCAAGGCCUUCUACUUGGAUGUCAUUGCCGAGGACCUCCGCAGAGGCGUCCAGAUCCUCAUGCAGGCCGCAGGUCUCGGGAGAAUGAAGCCCAACAUUCUGGUGGUCGGGUUCAAAAAGAACUGGCAGUCGGCUCACCCGGCCACAGUGGAAGACUACAUUGGCAUCCUCCACGAUGCCUUUGAUUUCAACUAUGGCGUGUGUGUCAUGAGGAUGCGAGAGGGACUCAACGUGUCCAAGAUGAUGCAGGCGCACAUUAACCCCGUGUUUGACCCAGCGGAGGACGGGAAGGAAGCCAGCGCCAGAGGUGCCAGGCCAUCAGUCUGUGGCGCUUUGGACCCCAAGGCCCUGGUGCAGGAAGAGCAGGCCACCACCAUCUUCCAGUCGGAGCAGGGCAAGAAGACCAUAGACAUCUACUGGCUCUUUGACGACGGAGGCCUCACCCUCCUUAUUCCCUAUCUCCUUGGCCGCAAGAAGAGGUGGAGCAAAUGCAAGAUCCGUGUGUUUGUAGGAGGCCAGAUUAACAGGAUGGACCAGGAGAGAAAGGCGAUCAUUUCUCUGCUGAGCAAGUUCCGACUGGGAUUCCAUGAAGUCCACAUCCUCCCUGACAUCAACCAGAACCCUCGGGCUGAGCACACCAAGAGGUUUGAGGACAUGAUUGCACCCUUCCGUCUGAAUGAUGGCUUCAAGGAUGAGGCCACUGUCAACGAGAUGCGGCGGGACUGCCCCUGGAAGAUCUCAGAUGAGGAGAUUACGAAGAACAGAGUCAAGUCCCUUCGGCAGGUGAGGCUGAAUGAGAUUCUGCUGGAUUACUCCCGAGACGCUGCUCUCAUCGUCAUCACUUUGCCCAUAGGGAGGAAGGGGAAGUGCCCCAGCUCGCUGUACAUGGCCUGGCUGGAGACCCUGUCCCAGGAUCUCAGACCUCCAGUCAUCCUGAUCCGAGGAAACCAGGAAAACGUGCUCACCUUUUACUGCCAGUAACUCCAGGCUUUGCCAUCCCAGUCCACGGCUCUGAGUGUGUGGGAUGAGUUGGAACUCGACUGCCUCUAGUCCACAGGGAUGAGACUCAUGUUCUGUUGCACUUUAAGUGGCAGCAUCUGAUGAUCUCACCGAAAAAGAUGGUAGAUUUCCAAAUCUGGCUGGACUCCACUUCCAUGGGACACAUUCUUUGGGCCUUGUUUUUAUGGGCUAGAGAAAUAGCAGAUGGAGCUGCAAGGAAAACUCUCUAAAGGAUCCUAUUCCUUUUAAAGGAUUUCUUUUGAUUUUGAUGACCAUUAAUUAAGAGUUCAGUCUUUGAUUUGUAUGCAAAUUGGAGUCCGAAUGCUGGGCGUGAAUCUUGACAGUUUCUACAGACCUUCCUGGGUCUGUAGAAACUAAACCAUGCCCCACUUCCUCCAAUAGGAGAAUGGGAGCCCCACCUGUAGGACCUACAGGCUCUCUAAAGAAUGCAGGUCUCUCUCUGAGCCUCCACAGCCAGGCAAAUAUAUAUAUAUAUAUUUUUGAGAUGGAGUUUUUUUCUCUUGUUGCCCGGCUAGGGUGUAAUGGCGCGAUCUCAGGUCACUGCAACCUCCGCCUGCGGGGUUCAAGCAUUUCUUCUGCCUCAGCCUCCCGAGUAGCUGGGAUUACAGGCGCCUGCCAUCACGCCCAGCUAAUUUUUGUAUUUUUAGUAGAGACAGGGUUUCACCAUGUUGACCAGGCUGUUCUCGAACUCCUGACCUCAGGUGAUCCGCCCGCCUCGGUCUCCCAAAGUGCUGGGGUUACAGGCCUGAGCCACUGUGCCCGGCCCAGGCAAAUUUCUUGAACCACUUCUCACUCCCAUCACUUUCAAUAAUGGGUCUUUGAUGUCUUCACUGGUUCUUUGGACGAGGGACUUUUCAAACUUUUUUGGUUGCAGCACACAGUAAGAAAUAUAUUUCACACUGAGACUUGCAGCGCACACACAUGGAAAUGACCAAAACAAAAAUGUCACAAAACAAUACUUACACUUCCCUGGGGGACGUCCUCCAUCCAGCAUGUUCUGUUCUAUUUAUUUUUCACUGUUGGUUGCAAUCCAGUACAAUGACUUUGGGAUCCACUCAUGGGUGGGGACCCACACAUUUGAAAGGCAUGGCCACCUUUCUGUUGUGCCUUGCAUUUGUCCACACACAGGGAGUCCGGCUGAGCUGGGGAAAGGCCACGGCUGGGUGUCAUUGCCAUUUUCCCAGCUCAUCUCACGGGGAAGAAAAGCAGAUUGACAGAACACAUGAGGAGGGAUAUUGAUGGCAGGAGAGUCAAAAAAGAGUUUUAAAGAAGGGGCAAGAUUGAAGGAGUCUAGUGGCAAGGGUAAGAUUUCAGGCAUGGUUAAGAACAGAGGACAAGGAUGUCAGGAAUGAGGAUGUGGAGAGGGGUGUAGAGAUGGCAAGGUUGGCAAGGAACAGAUAGGCAGGAGCAGAUACAAGCCCAGCCCAAGACCAGGUGAAAGGAGAGGGGAGGAGGAGCCACCUGCAAGAGAUGGAAAGAGCAGGCGGCAGAGGGGGCCUGGCAGGGAGGGGCUGUUAAGAGUGGGGCUGGAGGUGGGAAAGAAGCUAGGACGAGGGAGAUGGAGAAAGGACCUAUACCUGGCUCACGGAAGGCAUUCAGGUUGAACAUCCCCAGUGUUUGAGUCCCCAAAGCUAGGGUGCAAGAGCACUGCCAUCGAAUGCCAGUGGGUGAGGCAAAGUGAGAGGGUAUUUGCAGCUCUAGACAUAACCAAGAAGCAUAAAGGUGAGUUGUUUGGUGGUACAACUGCCUGUGCCUUCUUCCGAUGGCACUGGGGUGGCUGAAGGAACAGAUAUCUUUGGGUUUCGUCAGCCUCCUCCAAGACUGCCACAGUGCCUACACUUUAGACUUCAGAAGGAGACUAAAGACUUCCAGAAUUUAGAAAGAGAUCUGAAGUCUCCUUUCUGGAGUUACAACCCAAAGGAUGUUAGCAUUUCUCAGGUCAUCCCACUGCAAAGCCCAGAAGGCUGGGGGCUCCCAGGCUGUUCUAAAGCCCCACCGUCUGACUGCCUCAGGGCUUGCUGCGAGGGACUAGGGCCUGGCCAAGCUGACUAGGAACAGCUCUCCUGCUCCUGAGGGACCUGGAGGAUGGGCCUGCCUCCCAGCCAUUGAGCUGGACCCUGGGACAAUUCUUAACUCCAAAUAAGGGGAAGCAUCCAUCAGGGAAUACUGGCCUUUCUAGAGCCACAUGGAAAACAAUUUCUGGUUCUUCAAACCUCAAAGAGUCCUUGGUCCAAAAAACAGAAUGUUUUGGGUUUGGGUGUCAAAAAAUUUUUUCACAAUGUCAGAAAUAGUAUGUUUUUAACAAUAAUAAUAGCUUUGUAAAAAAAAAAAAAAGCUUUAACAGCGAGGCCAUAAACAAUGAAAUGAAUAAAAACUAUGGUCACUCAGUCAACGGAA